ACUCCUCUUCCUCUCCACAUCGAUUUGGACCGUCGUCGGUUCUAGAGCCGGGCAGUAAACAGACGCACACACUGACUAGAGCACAUGGGAGGCAGUUUGGGAAAGGCUUUGUCGGUCAUCCAGAAGAAAGGGGUGGCGGAAGGGGCUGCGCCGCCACCUCUGUCGGACCCCCCAACACCUCCGGAGACGGACCCUCGCCUACCCCUGAACGCCCGGCAACUCUUUUGCAUCACCAAGUCAUGGAAAGGAAUUGCAAGGGCCAUGGAGCCCACUGGGAUUACCAUGUUUGUGAAACUCUUCGAAGAAAACGAAGACAUCCUCCAUCUGUUCCAGAAAUUCCAGCACAAGAGAUUCAUCGAACUCCACAGAGACAGCAUGGAGCUGGCUCAGCAUGCCGGCAUCGUGAUGAGCACUCUGGACGAGAGCAUAAAAAAGCUUGGCAACGUCGACUACUUCAUGGACUAUCUACAUUCCGUCGGGAAACUUCAUACGAAAAUACCAGGAUUCAAAAGAGAAUAUUUCUGGAGAAUUGAAAAACCUUUUCUGGCAGCAGUUCAAGACACAUUAGGUGAUCGAUACACGGACAACAUGGAAAACAUCUAUAAAAUCACCAUUCGCUACAUUUUGGACACUGUGGUCAAAGGUUUCGACUUAGGACGUCCAAAAACUAGCACAGCCAGCAAUGUACUGCCACCAAAGGCAUCACCAGAGCCUUCCCCUUCACCCCAAGAUUCAAAAGAAGACAGCGAAGAACCAAAUACACAGAACAUGGCAACUCAAAACGAAGUUGCAAAACAUUCAACUGGACCAUCGUAAGUUGUGGAAUUGCAGAGAGCAAAAGCAUAUAUUAUUGACAGAGUACAAUGAUUUAUUGCGCUGCCAACGGUUUUUUUAAAAGCAACCUAUUUUUUAAUGUGUACCAUCGAAUUUGAAAUAGUUGGUGCUCUGCUUUCAGAAGUUUUGAUAACAAUUAUAAGCAGAAAAUACGCAAAUGAAAUCAUGAAGCGUGUAGUUAGCUGUAAAAUUUUCUGAGGAGAAACAGAAAAUAUAUUUAUAUUGCUAUCUUAAUGUGAAAUAGUCUUUUUUCUUUUUAUAAAUUGCCAAAUAUAUGCAUUUAACUUUAUACAAUUUUAAGUACCUAUCUUUUCCACCAGGCCAAAUUUUUAAGCAGAUUGAUUUUGAUUAAUUUGAUAUUAUAGUAGGUCUCAUAGACACCCAGUAAGUAGUUUCGAUUCGUAUAAUUCAAAAAUGCAAAAUAAUCUUAAAAAAACAAAUUUAAAUCCAAACUAUUUCUUAAAAAUAGCAAGUUGUUAAAUAAAAAUCAUUAAAUAAUUUUGGUCCAUGAUACAGUAUAAAAACACGAUAUAGUGUUAUCAUCAGAACAACGACACUUUAGUCAAUCAUUAUAAAUGAUGAUUGUUACUGUAUGGAAAUUUAUUAGAAAUAUGGUGAAUAAUCACUUGAAAAAUUCAAAUUAACCAUGCCUCUGUAUUCUUGAAUCUAAGAUAAUAUAAGCGAUCAAAGAAGCAUUUCAUAUCUAUAUAUUUAUUUUAAAUACAUCUUUUUUUCAUGUAAAUGCUUAAGUUAAAAUACUUUUUUUUUUUUUCAAAGCUGACUUACAUAUUAAACAUAUUUGAACAAAAUAUAAAAUGUUGUGAAAACUUUCUUGUGUAAGUAACCAUUAUACAACAUAGAAAUGAAUUCUUCAUUUUAUAAAUAAAAGUGUAGUUUAAUUAAAGAUUUGUAAAAAUAUUAAAUAUGCUGUGUGACUAUGGUAAGAAAAAAAUUAGGUGAUGAAAGAAAAAAGUAUUCACUUGUGCUUAUAAUCAUAUUUUUGUUUAUUUCUUGUAUUAUGUGUGAAUAUUGUGUAAAAAUUUUAAAAUAUAUAU